AAUACUUUGAAGUGUUCUUGUACGAUUAUCUUUGUAAUAAGAGCUUAUCUUUUGAUAAAAAACAAUUGAUAUUCCAAGAAGUAUCGUUGUAAGAAGAGUAAUCUUGGUGUUUGCCACGUCAAACUUUAAAUAUAUUUUUUCGUUGAUAUGUCGUCACAGGUUUACGAAUUUUGGGUUGAAAUGACGUGUGAGGGAUGCGUUAAUUCUGUUCAAAAUGUGCUUAACAAAAAGGAAGGUGUUAAUGAUGUAAAAGUAAAUUUAGAUAAUAAAAUGGUUUCUGUGAAAACAACAUUAUCUUCCGAUGAGAUAUUACAAGUUAUCAAGAAAACUGGCAAGGAGUGUAAAUUUUUAGGCAUAAACAAAUAAAUUUGCACAAAUAUUACAAAUAUAA